UUUGUUGCUAAUCACAGUCACAGUGAGGUUGAACUAUACUUUCCGGUUGCUCGUAUCUUUCCGCGUUGUUGCCUGGAAUGUCUCGAUUGCUCAUUCUCUUCCUACUGUUCUUCGUUUAUCAGACAAGUCCCCAGUAUUUUGUUCUUGGUCAAUCUGUUGCUUCCUGGCCGUAUAUUGUUAAGAAUGGUUCUUCAAACAAUGUCUGUCUGAUGGCCGAAGUGGAUGUUCACCUGCGCGUAGAAUACUUGACGACAGGUAAUCUAUGGAAGGUGACCACUUGGUUCAGUAACUCUUCGAAUCCGGCGAAUAGUAGUGGUUUUUGCUCAUGGAAGGAACAGCGUUUGGAUCUCUCUUGGAAUAGAGGACCCAGUGGGGAACCUUGGACGUUGCAACUACUCUUCGUUAAUUCUACCACGAGUCACUUCAGUUUGGAAUUCAUAAACUUUACCUUCUCCAUAAACAACGAUUCGUUCCCAGAUGCUAAGAAUAACGGUUCUUACAGUUUUACGAAAAAUGCCUCUAUUUUCACAUGCCCCUUCAACUCCUAUUUUCAAUGUUUGAGCCCACAGACGUACGGUUUGGACGGGUCUGAUCCCAGUGGUCUGAAAGUGGAACUGACGACAUCAAAUAUGAAGAUGCAAGCUUAUCGAAACGACCCGUCACCAGACUUUGUCGGCGAAAUGGUCGAAUGCGCUGCUGAUUUCAAACCUAACCAAGUCGUGCCCAUUAUCGUCGGCAUCGCUCUGGCUCUGAUGAUCGUCAUCGCUAUCGUCACCUUCCUCGUGGCGACCCGCAGACGGCGGGGCCGUUAUCAAGAAAUCUAACCCCUUCCCGACCAAUUAUCGAUCCUCAUUUCAUUCAAUUAGUCCCUGUCAUUAUGCACAUUAUUUGCACCCGCAUAGCUUCUAAAGUACGCGCGGAAAACAAACAGUGCCAUUUGUGUUCCACUGUUCGGUGGGACUACCUUUUUUUACAACUUUGUAGAGCAUUCGAUUCGUUACACAGCAACUUCCGUUGGUUCAUCGCUGACAUUGAUUUGUGCCUGCCAUGUUUUCCACAUAAUUGUCUAUUUUUCUCGGCAUUAUUUGUUUUGUGUAAUGCCUUGUUUUAUAAGAGUUCGUCUAAUCACGUUGCUCACGCAGUAUACUACACAGAAUUAUGUCGGUAAUGCCCGGACCUGUGGAUCACAUAAUUGUCUUCUUUUGUUGCGAUGGCUAUCCUCUACAUCCGAAUUUGAUCCUUCGUUAUUGUC